AUGAACCGCAUCGACGUGCACCACCACUUCAUCCCCCCUGCCUAUGUCAAGGCUUUCAACUCGACUCCUGGGGACCCCUCCGGCUGGCACCUCCCCAAAUGGACCCCCGAAUCGACCCUCUCCCUCAUGGCCUCCCACUCCACCCACACGGCCAUUCUAUCUCUAACUGCACCGGGCACCUCUAUCCUGUUCAAUUCCCCGGUGGAAUCAGCCGACCUCGCCCGGAAUAUCAACCUCUAUGGCUUCCAACUUCACCAGGACAACCCCACUCGGUUCGGUUUCUUCGCCAGUCUCCCACAUCUGACACCCGAAACCAUCCCCUCGGCCAUGGAGGAACUCGCCUAUGCUCUGGACACCCUCCAGGCUGACGGUAUUACUCUUUACACUCGGUAUAGUGGAACCGGGUACCUCGGUCAUGCGGCCUUUGCGCCGCUCUGGGAGGAACUGAACCGCCGCAAGGCCGUAGUCUUCAUUCAUCCGACGAACACAGCCUCGGCCGCCGGGAACAAGCCGGAGAUGGUCAAUUCAAAACUAGCACAGCCAAUCAUUGAUUAUCCGCACGAGACAUGUCGAACGGCGGUCGAUCUAAUCACCUCCGGGACGAUCUCCAAGAACCCCGAUGUGAAGAUUAUUCUGUCCCAUGGAGGCGGUACGCUGCCUAUUCUCGCUAAUCGGGCGGCAAACCUGCUUUACGAUGCGGUUCUGACGGAGAUCCCUCCGGAGAGGUUUCUGGAGCAGGCCAGGAGCUUUUAUCUCGACCUCGCCCUUUCCGGGAACGGCGGGAAUUUGGAGUUACUAGUGGGCAAAAAUGGGUUUGCAAAGCCAGGCCAUGUGCUAUAUGGCAGUGAUUUUCCCUAUGCUCCCGUGGAGACAAUUAGCAAGUACGUUGGGAUGAUGGAGGAGUUCUUUGCCCAAGGAGGGGAGAAAGAGGAGGAGGUCGCCCGGGGUGCGGCGUUGGAGCUAUUCCCACGAUUUCGGAUUGAUGAUAACAAGGAGUUGAUUCCUGAGCGUAUUCUAUAG